UGUUACUAGCAGUGGAGAAGGCGUAAUAAGGCUUUCUUAGCUCUACAAAGAUCUGGUGCAUAGUUGUCCUAAAAUGGACGCCGUAGAAGAUCUGGGAGGCGGGGAGAGGAGCCUUUCUAGGAGGGACUAGGAACUAUCUGACAAUGAGCGGCAGCGCUUUAAAUCAAGGACAGGGACUGGCUUAUCGCUAGGGCUGGUAAGGGGGUUGUUUAGGGAAGUGUAGAGCUUAGUCAGUGUCUAGCCUGCCUGUAGGCACAGUGCCACUAGUAGGUCUCGUUCUUACUGCCCAGGUUAACCUAGUUGCACGGCUAAGAGAUGGCGGUGCAGGAGACUUUGGAAGUCUAUAAGGAAAUCGGUCUGACUUACGCAUUUCAGUUAAGAAACUUCACUUUGACUAGUGUGUUCCAGUUAAGAAACCUUAUAAAUGAGAGCUGUAAAGACACUGAACCAUGGUAUCUGAUUGUUUUAACCUCUGGAUGUACUCUGAUGUUGAUAUCCCUUUAUGGAAUCAUUUUCCAGUCUGAAAGUCUCCUUUCCAGAUGUAAAAAACUGUUUUUCAGAAUAGUUCGAAGGUUGCCAUAUGUUGGUGCACAGAUACAAUGUAAGCUGAAUAAAGCUUUGAAUGAAAUGUCGGAGAGAAUGGUUCUAAAAAAUGGCUUCAACUAUAUUCAUGCGUUGCCUCAAACUGGGCUGAAGCAGGAACAAGUAAUGGAGAAGCUGAAGAAGGAAUACUCAUCAAUUGGAGAUGUUUCUUGGGAAACUGGAAAGGUGUCUGGAACAGUUUAUAGUGGGGACGAAAGGCUGACACAGCUUCUUGUAAAGGUUUAUGGAGAGUUUGCAUGGACCAAUCCUCUGCAUUCUGAUAUUUUCCCUGGUGUACGCAAAAUGGAAGCAGAAGUGGUGAGGAUGACUUGCACGCUCUUCAAUGGCGGUCCAAAUGCUUGUGGAACAGUAACUUCAGGUGGAACAGAAAGCAUUCUCAUGGCUUGCAAGGCUUACAGAGAUUUGGCUUAUGAAAAGGGAAUUAAGCACCCAGAAAUUGUGGCUCCUGUUAGUGCCCAUGCAGCUUUUGAUAAGGCCGCUCAUUAUUUCGGGAUGAAGAUUGUGCAUAUUCCAGUAAACAAAGCUACAAUGCAAGUGGAUGUUAAGGCAAUGAAAAGAGCAAUUUCUAAAAAUACAGCCAUGCUUGUAUGUUCAGCUCCUCAAUUUCCUCAUGGCAUCAUUGACCCAAUAGAAGAAGUUGCUAAGCUUGCUUUGAAAUACCAACUUCCAUUUCACGUGGAUGCAUGUCUGGGUGGUUUUCUCAUUGUAUUUAUGAAGAAAGCUGGUUUCCCAUUAAAGCCUUUUGACUUUAGAGUAAAAGGAGUCACUAGUAUAUCUGCGGACACACACAAGUAUGGGUAUGCACCAAAAGGUUCUUCGGUGAUCAUGUAUAGUGACAAAAAAUAUCGGCAUUAUCAGUUCUUUGUUGCGCCGGAUUGGCAAGGUGGCAUCUAUGCAUCACCUGCUAUAGCUGGUUCCCGUCCUGGAGGAAUAAUCGCUGCAUGCUGGGCCACAAUGAUGCACAUAGGGGAAGAUGGCUAUAUAGAGGCUACCAAAAAAAUCAUCAAAGCAGCACGGUUCAUCGAAACAGAGUUGCGGAAAAUGAAAGACAUUUUUAUUUUUGGGAAGCCUGAAGUUUCUGUCGUUGCCCUUGGAUCAAAUAAAUUUGACAUUUUCCGACUGACGAAUUCAUUGACCGCAAAAGGUUGGAACCUUAACACUCUCCAGUUUCCAUCCAGUAUUCAUAUAUGCCUUACACUGUUGCAUACAAAACCUGGAGUAGCACAACAGUUUGUGAAAGAUGUCAAAGAAUCGGUUGAAGUUAUCAUGAAAGACCCAAGAGCCAAAACGACUGGAGUGGGUGCCAUUUAUGGUAUGGCUCAAUCCAUUCCUGACAGGUCCAUGGUGACAGAAAUCUCUCAGGCCUUCCUAGACUGCUUGUACAGCACAGAAAACGGCUCCAGUGCCAAACACAUAAAUGGUUCAGCAGAAUAAUAUUUACUGCAAUUAUUUAUGUUGGGGUGGUACUAUUAUACAGCUUCACUACAACUGCAGUGCCAAUCUCAUAUGUAGGUUGUCCCAUUUCUGUGGAGCUAUGUAAGGGAUACAUCUUAUGUGCUGAACAGGUUGUUUGUCCAGAGAUCAGGUACUUCUAUCUUAGACACCUUAUCAUUUUGUUGUAACGGUUUUAUAUACUUAUACCCUAGAAACUCAAUCUUGAAAUUAAUUUGACCGGUUGUAAAUUACACAUUCUGUACAUGUUUUGCUACUUUGGUUUUCUUUUUCCACUAUUAUGAAGAGCCUAAUGACAGACAAUGUCGUGUCCAUUAUUUUACUUGUACUAAGACUCUUUAGUAAAUAGUGUCCCCAAGUGAAGUCAUUUAGAUUUACUUCAGGGAUCUGCAGUUGCUAUACUUGUUUGUCCUCAACAGUCAAAAUAUUGGAAGUUAAUUUAGUCUAACAACCAAAUCGAAUAAAAUAAACAAAACAUUUAUUUGA